AUGACCAACCCUUACGGUAUUUCCGAUGCAGAAUUUAAUAUCAUUAAGCAGCAGGCUGCGAGGCGUGCUACCUUGAGAAAAGAAUUUAUCAAGCAAAAGACCAACCCUUUUAAACAUGCCAAUGAAGCUGGCUAUGUUUUUGACACAGCCAUACAAAAGUUCUUGUCGAUGAAAGUGACUCAGUUGGAUUACUUUACUGCAAACAGAACCACUAGCGUGUUCGGAGUCUGCGCUGUUAUUAUUCCUAUGUUUGCUUAUGGAUAUGCCCUUUGGAAACAUAGAACCACGCGCGAGGCACAAAUAAGGAGUGGAGAACUUCGUUACAAGGACAGGCUGUUCAAGUUCGCGUAA